GCCACAUGCGCAGCUACAGCAGUGCUGCCGCUCUGUUCUCGCUCGCGCGAUCGCGACACGUGAUUUGUCGCUCUGCGGAGAAACGCGUUUCUCGCUACGCGAUUUGCCGCCCGCACGUGCGGUCUGACAUCCCAUCCGACGGCUAUGAGGACUUUUUCAAGUGAUGCGUGAUCGGUUUCGGUUUCUCGACGGCACCGCAAAAAUAGAUAGAGCCACAGCUGUAAAUUGACCGAGGACGAUGGAGUGUUGGAGGAGGGUUGCCGUGGCUGCUUCUUCCUCUUAAGGACCCAACGAGUGCGCCGCUGUCCAAGGGAUUUCGCCUUUGGCCAACGAACGGGGUGUUAUCUCCGCGGGCGCUAAGGUGACGAGUACCCUAUCUACCACGUCGCCGUUCUCCCUCGAACCCCCGCAGUCUGCGCAGACGAGGGAUGUGAAGAGUCUGCUGCAACUUUGCGCAGAGGAGAGACAAACAUGAGAUGGCACGCGCUAGUCCUACUACUUUUCAGCUACGUCGUUACCGCCACUGAAGCCUUCGUCGAAUCAAAAGGAUGUAACCGGACAGUGAGGAAUUCCGUAGGAUGGAUACGCUGGACAGGACGCAUGGGAAGGUGCGUCAUAAGGAUAAGAGCGCCUAUAAGAGAUCCGCAGGUGAUAGAGGUGAAAAUAAGAAGAAUGCAAGUGGGCGUGCUGAAGAACGCGCGCUGCGAGGGUGCCUACGUGCAGUUCUCCGACGAGCUGGAGGACCUCGACGAGAGCGCGGGUCGUUAUUGCGGACACGUAACCGGCAACACCACAAGACUGGUGUUGCGUCGAGGGCCCGACUUGACGGUAGUCCUGGACUCGGAAAGUCGCUUCGCAGCUGAAAAUCCAGUGAUCUUCUCGGCUCAGUACUCCAUUCUACCGGCUCGUCUUGCCAACGAGAGACACCAUGUUCAUCAAGAAGAGCCAUCACCCGCUGCGGUUCUCUCCGCCUCGAUGGCCGGGGAAUGUCCACUCGAAUGCUCCCAUCGCAACGACUUGAGGAGCUGUCGGCUGGUGUCGCCCGGUUACCCGGGAAUUUACCCCCGCGGUAUCCGCUGUCGUAUAGCGUUGGAGUCGAGCACGGGCAGAUUUCGUAUCGGGGGAACGCCCGACGAUCGCUACAAUCUGAUGAAUCACACUAGUCAAGAGCCAUGCAAAUCGGAGUUUUGCGAGCAGGAGCACGUGGACGGAAACGGAUCUGUCAGCCAGAUGAGUAAUGACCAGCCGGACGAGCAGAGGACUCACUCGAGGAGCGAUCGGGACGAGGAGGACGAGAUAAUCAUCGGGCAGAAGCAGAAGCAGCAGCAGCAGCAGCAGCAGCAGCAGCAGCAGCAGCAGCAGCAGCAGUCUCAAGCCCUGAGGAAGGAGCAGCGCCGUCGAUUACGAAGUCAGCAGCAGAAGGCAAGCGAUUUGGAGACGAAUCGGUCGUCGAGGCAGCGGACUGGCUCCGAUUACGAGAGCAGGAUCGAGCUGUCGCUCGUCGACAAUGCCGCUCGCUCCAUCAGCGAGCUGCUGGUCAAGCAGCAGCAAGCUCGCAGGAAUCCCAAGAGCGACUCUCCGUUCUGGUCGAAAAACAGAUCAUCGCCAUCCCGAUCUAUUCCGGAGGUUCGCGAGGGCCAUCAUCACAAGAGUCAUCAUCAGCAUCAGCAUCACCGUCGCCGACGUCCACAGGACGAGCUCGAAGCGAAGCUCGGCAGUGGCACUUGCGUGGGCGACUACCUGGCUUUGCUCGAGAGCGUCAACGGCCGAGUGCUCGAGAUCGGAAAGUUCUGCAGCGAGGGUCGAAUCCCAAAAAUAAUGUCGCGCGGACGCAACCUUAUCUUGGAAUUCCACGCGGAGCGCGACGGCACGAUAAUGCACGACGGUUUUCACUUGAGCUUGCAAGAAACCGAAGCAGCACCGACGGCCGGAGCUUUGGCGAGUCCGGCGAUCGAUCGCCAUCAAUACAGCUGCGAGUUCACGUACAAGAGCGGCGACAAGGCGCGCGACAGCGUUAAGUCCCCGAGGAGCUGGUAUCCGCCUAACACGCUGUGCAACUACAGAUUCGUCGGACGCUCUAACGAGCGAGUGUCCGUACUAUUGAAGAUCGUAAGAGAGAACGCCAACGGAGAGGACACGCACAUGACGAAGCGCAGAAACGACACCCUCGAUCACUGCCCGGGAAACGAGCUGGCCGUUUACAACGGAACACACUCCAACGGCAGUUUCCUCAUGUGGUCGUUCUGCGACGCUACACACAGCGACAUCAAUAACAUACAGGUACCUAUCGUCUCGUCAGGCAGCGCGCUGCUCAUCCAAUUCUUCAGUGCGGCUGGCUCUUACGACGGUCAAGAUUUCACCUACACCAUUACGUACAAAUUCGUGAAAAGGCCAGUGAACACGACGCGAAGACGACAAGUGACGGCGGACGAAACGAGACUCAUAUCCCUGAGGCCCGUCAACUUUUCAGCCCUGAAUCUCAGCGACAGCGACAACUGCAACUGUGAUUUCGCCGAUCGCAUCGGCAACUUCAAAAGCUGGUUCAUCGUUCUGGUGGUCUUGGGCGUCAUUUCCUUCGGCGGUGCUAUCAUUACCAUCAUCGCGCUCUUUGUCAAAUGCGCAAAGAUGCGCGCUGCCGAAAACAAACUCUUACAGACGCCUAAUCGUUCGUCGUUUUACAAAAGUUCCACUGAGUGAAUGAAUGUCCAGUGUGUUUUUCUGACUGAUAACUUGAUCAUCUUUUUGCAAUGGGUGAGACUCGGUGCGUGAACGUGUAUAUUGAAUUAAGCGAAUCAAUACGAAAAUAACAAUGUAAAUAUACCAGCCGUUAUACUUCAAUAGUCUUUUAUUUUAGAGAUACGAGGGAAUGUGUUCAUUUUGUUUUUAAGACCAAUACGUAAUAAAGUCACGUAGAAGCUCAGUUACCAGUUAGUCAUUUAGUCAGAUUAUUUGAAAAGUUUUACCUUGCAAAUGAAUUUCAGUGAAAAACUUUAUGUACAAUAAAUAAAUUUAUAUCCAAUAAGUUAAAGAAGCAUUUCUAAAUAUAGGAGACAUUCUAAAUAUGUUUGUAUAUAAGUAAUAAAAUUGGGUUAUUAUUAUAAUCAGAGUUUUUUUUCUUUCAUAGAAUAUUUACCGAUUUUAUAAAGAAUGUUCUCGUGGUUGCCAAAAUAAGCCCUAAGAUAUUUGUAUUUUGAAAAUUAGAAGAAUUAUUAUUGUACAUUUAUUGAUAAAUUUAAAGAUUUUGUAAAUUCAAAAAUUGAUAGAAAUUAUUCUAUUUUUAACACAUUUUGAAUGACAGUUUUCUAUUUAUAAUUAUAUUGAUAUGUAUUACAAUUUCAAUUUAUUUAAUUAACGCCGUCUUCUUUUAUAUCAUUUUGUACAAUUUGGCUUUAUUCAAAUAAUCAUUAUUCAAAAAAACAAUACAUAUCACACCAUUAAUUUUAUAUAUAUAAUUGUGAUCAAGCUAAUACCAGAAUUACGGUCUGUAACCAUUGUAAUAUAAAAUAUGACCUGGAAUUUUCUGUAAUAAUGAACUGAUACUUAUACAUCUAUGUCAAAAGAUCACUCAUAGAUACGAAAAUCAGCUCCUUUUCAUGAGCUAAUAAUGAGUGUAUUAUUUCACAAUUAUAUCGAAGUAUUGUAUCAUAUACCGAA